AUGCUCAAGGUCGGCUGCCGGGACGGCCCCGGAGAGGUGCAGAUGGUCGGCUUCCUCAGCGAGCAACGCGUUCUCCCCGUCGACUUAGGCGACCCAGAGAACAGCACGCUGCUGGACAUUGUCAACGUUCUUUCGCUCGCUCGACGCGGGAGAGCUUGGCGUGCUCCACAACCCUAUGAGUCUGGCCUCUGUGUGUACGUCAACAUAGUGGGCGCGAUGGUCGAUGGCUUACCGCAGGGGUUCCGGCACGUCGUGAAGGCCGCGUCGGCACCAACGAAUUGGCGGGGCAUGGCCUACGCACACUUGAACCUCCGCAUCGACCAGCUCUCAGCUUCCGAGUGGGACUUCAGGGUCUUCCACCAUGACAUGGCCUGGGGCUGGGACACGGAUUGGAUGCCCUGCUUCGCGCAGGAGCUCGGGGCCGUCAUCGGUGACAUGGCGAUGGCACCGACGGCGUCCCUGCUGAGGACACCGGCCCCCGCGCUACCGCCCGACGCGGAAGCGCCAGAGCGGCGCGGACGGUGA